AUGGCCGACACUUGCUACUACACCACUGGCUGCAAGCGCGGCAAGGCCUACGGUAUCGUCACUGCCACCGCUAGACAAUCCUUCGUCGGUAAGACCGCUGCUCUCGUCCAGGGCGCCAAGGACCAGGGCCAUUUCAAGGCCGUCAUGGACAACAUCGGUACUUCCCUGCUCGUUCUCGUCAUGUUCUGGAUUCUCGCUGCCUGGAUCGGUGGUUUCUACCGUCACCUCAAGAUUGCUACCCCCGAAUGGUCCGACAACACUCUCCUUCACUGGACUUUGAUUCUCCUCAUCAUCGGUGUCCCCGUCGGUCUUCCCGUUGUCACCACCACCACCCUCGCCGUCGGUGCUGCCUACCUCGCUGAACAGAAGGCUAUCGUCCAGAAGCUCACUGCCAUCGAGUCUCUUGCUGGUGUCGAUAUUCUCUGCUCCGACAAGACCGGUACCCUUACUGCCAACCAGCUCAGCAUCCGCGAGCCCUACGUCAACGAGGGUGUUGAUGUUAACUGGAUGAUGGCCGUCGCUGCUAUCGCUUCCAACCACAACGUCAAGAACCUCGACCCCAUCGACAAAGUUACGAUCCUUACUCUCCGCCGCUACCCCAAGGCGCGUGAAAUCCUUGCUCGGAACUGGGUUACCGAGAAGUACACUCCUUUCGAUCCUGUCUCUAAGCGUAUUACUACCAUCUGUACCUGCGAUGGCGUUCGCUACACUUGCGCUAAGGGUGCCCCCAAGGCUAUCCUCAACAUGUCUGAGUGCUCUGCCGACGAGGCUGCCAAGUUCCGUGAGAAGGCUGCUGAAUUCGCUCGCCGUGGUUUCCGUUCUCUUGGUGUUGCUGUCCAGAAGGAGGGUGAGCCCUGGCAAUUGCUCGGCAUGUACCCCAUGUUCGACCCCCCUCGUGAGGACACUGCCCACACCAUCGCCGAAGCCCAGCACCUUGGUCUCUCCGUCAAGAUGUUGACUGGUGACGCCCUCGCCAUCGCCAAGGAAACUUGCAAGAUGCUUGCCCUCAGCACCAAGGUCUACGAUUCUGAGCGCCUGAUCCACGGAGGCCUUGCCGGCUCUGCCCAGCACGAUCUCGUUGAGAAGGCCGAUGGUUUCGCUGAAGUUUUCCCUGAGCACAAGUACCAGGUCGUCGAGAUGCUCCAGCAGCGUGGUCACUUGACUGCCAUGACUGGUGACGGUGUCAACGAUGCUCCCUCUCUUAAGAAGGCCGACUGUGGUAUCGCUGUCGAGGGUUCCACCGAGGCCGCCCAGGCCGCUGCCGAUAUCGUUUUCCUUGCCCCCGGUCUUAGCACCAUCGUCGAUGCCAUCAAGCUUGCCCGUCAGAUCUUCCAGCGUAUGAAGGCCUAUAUCCAGUACCGUAUUGCUCUGUGUAUCCAUCUUGAGCUUUACCUCGUCACCUCCAUGAUCAUCAUCAACGAGACUAUCAAGGCUGAUCUUAUCGUCUUCAUUGCUCUCUUCGCUGAUUUGGCCACCAUCGCUGUUGCUUACGACAACGCUCACUUCGAGAUGCGUCCUGUCGAAUGGCAGCUGCCCAAGAUUUGGGUCAUUUCCGUUGUUCUUGGUAUUCUCCUCGCUGCUGGUACCUGGAUCAUGCGUGCUUCUCUCUUCCUUGAGAAUGGUGGUAUCAUCCAGAACUUCGGUUCUCCCCAGCCCAUGCUCUUCCUUGAAGUCUCCCUUACUGAGAACUGGCUCAUCUUCGUCACCCGUGGUGGUAAGACUUGGCCCUCGUGGCAGCUGGUUGGUGCCAUCUUCGUUGUCGAUGUCCUUGCCACCCUGUUCUGUGUCUUCGGCUGGCUUGCCGGUGACUACCAGGAGACCAGCCCCCCCGCUGCUGGCUCCGACCACUUCUCCGUCAACAACGAUGUCGACAUCGUCACCGUCGUUGUCAUCUGGGCGUACUCAAUUGGUGUCACGGUCAUCAUUGCCGUCGUCUACUACAUCCUCACCAUCAUUCCUGGUCUUGACAACCUCGGCCGCAAGAACCGCUCUGUUGUCGACACCAAGAUCGAGAACCUGCUUGGCCACCUCUCCAAGCUGGCUAUUGAGCACGAAGUUGAUUCUCACGGCAAGUCACGAUACACCCUUGGCGCUCGCGCUGAAGCUGAAGAGGAUGAUGAGUAA